GAGGCUCGCGUUAAUCCCUGCUCGGUAAAAAACCCGGUGUGAGCCCACAGGCGGCUCUGAUCUGAACAGAGAGUCGGAGGAGACAGAGAGAGGAAGGAAGAAAGAGAGAGAGAGAGAGAGAGAGAGGCAGAGGGGGACUCGAAGUUUCUGUUGUGGAGGAUGUGCAAGUUUGACAUUCUUUGUCAAACUUUGCCAUAACUUUAUUGCAUUUUGGAGGUUUCUGAAAGUUGUCCCAGAAGAGGAGACCAGAGAGAGAGACGCGCCGGUGCUGUCUGUGAUUUCCACCUCAUCCUAACAUCACCUACUCUUCUGGGGGGUUAGGGAUUGCCGCUGUCCGCACGCAGCCAACACACUUUCUGUGGACAUUCCGUUGAGUCCGGUCGUCAUGUCCUCCGGUGAUGCCUCGGAGCAGAGUCGGCGGGUCAGCGUUCUGUCUUGGGAUCAGGUGCGGCGUCUGGACUCCAUCCUUGGAGAGAGCGUCCCGAUCCACGGCCGCGGAAACUUCCCCACGCUGUCCGUGCAGCCCCGGCAGAUCGUUCAGGUGGUCAGGGCCCGACUGGAGGAGCGGGGCGUGGCGGUACGUGACGUCAAGCUGAACGGCUCGGCAGCCAGCCACGUGCUGCACCAGGACAACGGCCUUGGCUACAAAGACCUGGACCUGAUCUUUGGCCUAAAUCUAGCUGAUGACAAAACCUUCCGGCUGGUGAAAGAUGUGGUGCUGGACUGCCUGGUGGACUUCUUGCCCGAAGGAGUGUGCAGGGAGCGAAUCACAGCCCUCGCUCUGAAGGAGGCGUAUGUGCAGAAACUGGUGAAAGUUUGCAACGAGACAGACCGCUGGAGCCUCAUCUCGCUGUCCAACAACACCGGCAAGAACGUGGAACUAAAGUUUGUGGACUCGCUGAGAAGGCAGUUUGAGUUCAGUGUUGACUCCUUCCAGAUCACUCUGGACUCGUUGCUGCUCUUUGACCGUUGCUCGGAGACGGCCAUGUCCGAGGCCUUCCACCCUACAGUGCAGGGGGAGAGCAUGUACGGAGACUUUGAGGAAGCGCUGGGUCACCUUCGCUCCAAGACUAUCGCCACCCGCAGUCCAGAAGAGAUCAGAGGCGGCGGGCUGCUCAAGUACUGCCACCUGCUGGUGCGUGGCUUCCGACCGUCCUCCGAGGCUCAGAUGAAACAGAUGCAGCGCUACAUGUGUUCGCGCUUCUUCAUCGACUUCCCUGACAUAAGUGAGCAGCAGAGGAAACUGGAGGCGUAUCUGCAGAACCACUUUGCGGGCAUGGAGCACAAGCGCUAUGAGUACCUGGUGACGCUGAGGCGAGUGGUGGAUGAGAGCACUGUGUGUCUGAUGGGCCACGAGCGCAGGCAGACACUGGCGCUUAUUUCUGCCCUGGCGCUGCGCGUAAUGGCCGAACAGAACGCUAUACCUGCUCUGGCCAACAUCACCUGCUACUACCAGCCCGCUCCCUAUGUCAGAGACGUCAACUUCAGCAAUUACUAUGUGGCACAAGUUCAGUCGCCCAUGGCCACAUGCAGUAACUCUUAUCAAACGUGGCUGCCUUGCAGCUGAGCAAUGACUUAAGGUGUCUGGAGAUCUUUCUGUUUUAACUUUACAUUGAUGUAAGCUGAGCAUUUAUUAGAGUGCUCGGUACCUCUGUAGCAAAGUGGCUUUUUGUUUUGAAGCCCAAUGUGGAAAAAAAGGAAUUAUUGUAUCUUUUUUUUUUUUUUUGCCAAAUCUUAUUAUCAAAACCAUUCCACUAAGUUAUAUUGAUUAAUACUGCUGUAAAAAAAAAAAAAAACUCAUUCGAGCCAUUAUUAUUAUAAUAAUACCUUUUUAUCCUGUUGUCAUUUCAUAACCAAUGUGGACAAAUAUGAAGGGUUGUUAUGUGACGGAGGAACUUUGCUAGUUCUGUUUCUUGUCUGAUGGAGUGUCGUAUAUUGUGUCUUUAAUGAAAUGAUGUAAAUACUUGGUAUGAAACCAGAAAGCUACUUUCUUGUUCUGUCUGUGGUUUCAGCUGACCUGACUGGGAGGGGAGAAAAAGGACCAAAGAAAUACUUUCUUGUGUAGCACGACAAAGACUGUACGUGGUUCCAAGUGCCUGAAACUGACCAAUGUCUUUAUAGAAGUUGCUAUGUAAGAACUGUUUUUGAAACUUUUUCAUCCAGGUUACUGUACAUUUCUAUAUCAAGGGUCAGGGUAUUUGUUUUUAAAUCAUUAAAAAAAAAAACUGUCAAAAA